CUCCAUCAUCGUCCUCGUUCUCUACGGUAACACCGCCUGCUGACAUCAUUUGCAGUCUUUUCAGGCAAUCCGUAGAGGCAGAUGGGUUACGAUUAUGGAGAUAAUCAGACGUGCAACUAUUAUUUCGGUUUUGGGCGUGAUGUGGUAGAAGAAGAUAUCUUGAACGAGAAAUCUUGCGUACAAGUCCUUAGAAUAUGGAUUGACAAAGCAGAUGACGAAAUCAAGAAACUUGAAGAAGAUAUAAUAAUGAUUAAAUGUCAACAACAGUUGUGGCAUGACGAGGACUGGUCAAGAACUUGCUCUGCUGCUUUGAGAGAAAAAAUCGAUCAUCUCAAUAUUUUGAUAGAGAGCGGAAAGAGGGAAAUCACCGAGGACUUGUCUAGUUUGGAAUUUCAAAUAAAACAACCUGAGAAUGUUGCUGAGAGGCUGUGUGAUUUGGUGAAGCCUCUGCUGGAAAAUCACUUGUUGGGAAAAAGUAAGAAGAUACAAGAAAAUGUGUUCGGCAAAAAUGUGGUCCCCACAAAGCCAUCGGCAGACACUUUGAAUGAUAACAACCGUGCCAAGACAUUAUCCAUUUUCAGACAUGGGCCACAAAAGAAAUGUAAGGCGGCUCAAAAAACCGAGUCAUCGUGUGCAGAAAAUUCCACCGGACACGAAAACUUUAGAGUUCGGAAAAAGGAAAGCACGGUUAAUGAUGCUACCUCAGAUUGCGCGGUUGAGAAAUUUGAUGAGAAGAAAGAUUUGUUGCUACCUAUUAAGGAUACUGAGAGGUUAAAGCUCAAUGAUCUCAAGAUUAUUGCCAAGAACCAAAAGCUGCCUGGAUAUUAUAAACUCCGAAAGAAGGAGCUUCUAGAACGUCUCGGCUUGGAGGGACCCACGUGCUUACAGAAAAAUGCAAAUGAAAAGAAGAGGAUAUCACCAGCAAAUACAGUAUAAGCUGAGGUUCGAUAAUUUUUGACUGAAUACAAAACAGACUUGAGGGAAGUAGUAUCAAGUGAGUGACUGAUUAAUGAUCUGAUUUUUUGUGCUUUUAUCUUUUGGCAGCAACUCAACUUCUAUAGUUCUAUCUCUACCCAUUCUUUGAACAUUUGAGCAAAAAAAUGUAUAGUUAUCAUAUAAA